GCUUGGUAGCAUCAUCGUCAGUAGACGAUGACCGCUCGUUGCCAACGGAUCGUUCUUGUCCGACAAAGUGUUUUACUUAAAGUCCAUUCUUGAUCAUCACCCAUCAAAGAAACAUGUGGCUCUCAUCUUUGAUAAAUACAUUAUUAUUUAUAAAACUCUUAGCUUCGUUACCAACACCAUCCGUCCAAUUGCAUUCAUUUGCUGGAUCAUGGGUGGUACCAACGAAAGGUGAAAUUUGGCCAAAACCCAAUGAGAGAUUAGUUAAAAAUGAAUUUUAUUUUUUACGACCAUCCACAUUCCAAUUUCAUACAACAAAUGAGAAUUGCGAUAUUAUUAACGAAGCUAUCGAAAGAUACAAGGGUAUUAUCUUAACCGAAGCACGAAUAGCAAGAAUCAAUGAGAAAGGACAAUCCAGGGCAUCGGUAAGAAACGAUGCAUUCUUCAAAGGAGAACUAACCAGCUUGGACAUUCAAUUGAAGAACCCUUGCGAACACAACGGAGAACAUUGGCCACAUUUAUUCAUGAAUGAGAGUUACAUUCUCGAAAUAAAUGGAACGUCAGUCAGUGCCAGUCUAUCAGCUGAUUCCGUUUGGGGAGUACUUAGAGGUCUUGAAACUUUCUCACAAAUACUCGUUCCAUCUGGAGACGGUCCUAUCUUAAAACUACAAUGCCAAACAAUCGUGGAUACUCCAAAAUUACGACACCGAGGUCUACUAAUGGAUACUUCUCGUCAUUAUCUACCACUAUCCGACAUCUUUCUAACCCUGGAUGCCAUGUCUUACAACAAACUAAACGUUCUUCACUGGCACAUAGUAGACGACAAUAGUUUCCCUUAUCAAAGUUCUAGGUACCCAGAUUUAUCAGCAAAGGGUGCCUAUCACUCUUCUAUGGUUUAUACACCCAAUGAUAUUCAAAGAAUCGUUGAUUAUGCGAGAUUACGUGGUAUUCGUGUUAUGCCAGAAUUUGAUACACCUGGACACGUAGCAGCUUGGGGUUUAGCUUAUCCCGAAUUUCUGACCAAGUGUUACGAUUCUACCGGUAACCCAAAUGGUAAACUUGGCCCGAUAAAUCCAAUAAAAUUUGAGGUUUACGAAUUCAUGAGAAAUCUUUUUUCCGAGAUAGUUCAAGUUUUUCCAGAUCAAUACGUUCAUCUCGGAGGCGACGAAGUACCAUUUGAAUGUUGGGCUAGCAAUCCCGAAAUCAAAGCGUACAUGGUAGCAAACAAUAUGUCGAAAAAUUUCCCGUUACUCGAAGGGGAAUACAUUGCCAGACUUUUAGAGAUCACUAAUAAGUUGGAUGCCAAAUCGAUCGUAUGGCAAGAGGUUUUCGACAAUGGCGUAAAUCUGCCUGAUAACACUGUAGUACACGUGUGGACCGGACGUUGGCAAAACGAACUAGAAAAAGCAACAAAAGCCGGACAUCCGGUUUUGUUAUCCGCUUGUUGGUAUCUCGAUCACAUAAGCAAUGGAGGCGAUUGGAAAAAGUAUUACACGUGCGAUCCUCUCGGAUUUCCGGCACCGUCCCAAGUCAACGUGAGAGAUCUCAUGUUGGGAGGAGAAGCUUGCAUGUGGGGCGAAUUCGUUGACAAGAACAACGUUCAUCCAAGAAUUUGGCCACGAGCAUGUGCCGCAGCUGAACGUUUGUGGAGCGAGCAAGCGGAAAGUUUGAAUGAUGCUUCGAGACGCCUGGAAGAACACGCUUGUCGUAUGAACAGGCGAGGUGUACCAGCUCAACCACCGAACGGACCAGGAUUUUGCGUUCUUUGAUUAGUCAUGUCUAAGUUUAUAAAUGAAAUUUCCAUCAACAGAUUUUCUUCCUCAUUGAUAAUAUAAUAUCACGCGAAAUGCAUACAUUCUCUUUCUAUUUUCUCAUCUUUUCAUAUAUUUAAAUAAAGUGAACAAUUUCAACAACCAUA